AUGCCUAAGGAUACAGAAUUAUACGACUUGCUAGGCGUUCUGCCCUCAGCUUCUGAGACAGAAAUCAAGAAGGGGUACCGUAAGGCUGCCCUCAAAUAUCAUCCUGAUAAACCUACGGGUAAUACCGAGAAGUUUAAAGAAAUUUCAGAGGCUUUUGACAUUUUGUCGAAUGCAGAUAAGAGACAGAUCUACGAUGAUUAUGGCUUAGAAGCCGCCAGGGGUAAUGCUCCCGCUGGUAACCCAUUCGAAAGUGCAGGUGGUGCUGGAAUGGGCGGUAUGGGUGGGGGACAUCCAUUCAGUAGUUUUGGUGGUGGUGGUCGUGGAGGAUUCUCUCAAGCUGACGCUUUCAACAUUUUCUCUCAAAUGGGAGGUUUCGGCAUGGGAGGAGAUGAUGGCUUCGCUAGCUUUGGAGGAGGAAGUGGUGGAUUCGAUGGUAUGCCUGGUGGAUUUGGAGGUGGAUUUGGAGGAGGAAGUCGGAGAGCUGCUCGUCCCGAGCCAGAUACCGUUACUAUGACUAUGCCCGUAUCAUUGGAAGACCUUUACAAUGGUGCAACCAAGAAAAUGAAAUUGUCCAGAAAGGGAAUGGACGGAAGUAAGGAAAGUAAAGUUCUUGAAAUUAAUAUCAAACCAGGCUGGAAAGCAGGAACAAAACUCAACUUUGCCAAUGAGGGUGACUACCAGCCUGAAUGUCAUGCCCGCCAAACCAUCCAAUUUGUGUUGGAAGAAAAGCCACAUCCUCUCUUGAAGCGUGAUAACAACGAUUUGAUUAUGACCGUACCACUUUCAUUUAAAGAAUCAUUAUGCGGAUUCACCAAAGAAGUCAAUACCAUCGACGGCCGCAAGAUCCCAUUGUCCAGACUGAGUCCAGUUCAGCCUGGAAGUACCGCUCGUUACCCUGGUCUCGGUAUGCCUAUCAGUAAGCUGCCUGGUACUCGUGGUGACUUGGUCAUCUCCUACAAGGUUGAUUAUCCAUUGAGUUUGACUCCAGAACAAAAACAAGCAAUCAAUCAGUACUUCUAA